AAACGUUCGCCCAAAGAGCGUCGGUUGAAAUAAAAUCUGUUGCAUUUGCUGUCCCUCACCAUUUUCGUCGGGGAAAAUACCUACCGCCCAGCUCGGUUUCACUUCUUCCUCAGUGAUCCACACAGAAAUGUCGCGGAAGAGAAAUUACAGCGACGAGGAUGAAGACGACACCUUUUACUACCGCUAUGCCUCCGCCCCUCUACCACCGUCAUCCUCCAAAACCCUAACCACUGCUACUAACACUUCCAAAGGCAGCGGCCGCCUAGCUCCUUCCAAAUCCACAGUCUACGUCAGCAACCUAGAUUACUCCCUCACCAAUUCCGACAUCCACACUAUAUUCUCCACUUUCGGCAAGGUCGCUAAGGUGACCGUUCUCAAGGACCGGGUGACCCGGAAAAGCCGUGGCGUGGCGUUCGUCCUCUUCGUCUCCCGCGAGGAUGCGAUCAAAGCUGCUAAAGGAAUUAACAAAAAAGUCCUCAACGGCCGGACUUUAUCGGCCUCGAUUGCAGCCGAUAACGGCCGGGCAGCGGAGUUUAUCCGGCGGAAGGUGUAUGCGGAUAAGAGUCGGUGCUAUGAGUGCGGUGUGGAAGGGCACUUGUCCUAUGAGUGCCCGAAGAAUCAGCUUGGCCCCAGGGAAAGGCCGGAGCCGUCAAAGAAAGGGGGGAGGAGAGGUGGGGGUGACGGUAGGGUUAAAGGGGGCGAAGGGGGUUGGGAGGAAGAAGAAGAAGAUGAAGGAGAGGCUUUCGUGGACGACAAUUGGGCUUCCGCAGUGGAUGGAGGUGCAGAGGAUAGACUACUAAGCGCAGGAGACACCGAGGAAACGAAGAGAGUGAAGAGAGAGAAGAGAAAAGGAUAUUUUAGUGAUGAGAGUGAAGAAGAUGACUGAUUUUCUCAAGAACCCAACAGGGGGACUAUAUGAGCAGCAUUAUAGUUGUCAGACUAGGAUGGUGAAGAUUAGAAGGAGAAAUUCUCCAAAGGUAUGAACUUUAUACUGAGCUCACUUCUACCAUACACAAUUUGGAUUUGUUGUUGUGUUCAUGUGAUGGAAUGAUAUGGUUUUCCCAAUCAGUAUUGAGUUUGAUGCAGUAUGAUACUUCUGUAUAUGAAACUUUGUAGAUAGUGCAUAGACAACUUCCAUGUUUGGUGCAUUUUUCUUGUGGACAAAGAAGUGGAAAAUACUUGCAAAUUGUUUAGAUCAAUAUAUAACGCUUUGUUAACACUAAAGAAGAGAGGACUCACAUUGUACGGAUAUUAAUGUGAUUGCCAAACUAUAAGCCAAGAUUCAAUUGACACAAGAUUGCCAAGUUGGUUAGGCUGUUGACCGGUAACCACAAGGUUACAAGUUCUACUCCCGCGCCUAGUGGCCUUCUUGGUUUGAGCCCAUCAGUUAUGGACAACCUAGACUGGUUUACCUUGUCACUCAAAAAGAUAGCCACAUUUCACCACAUAAUGGAGAUGAAGUGCAUCAUGUUUAAUGUAAAUUUCACAUUAUGGAAAUAACUUACUAGCUGUAUUUCAAUUUCCAUCAUCUCUGUCAUUAUCUGGACAAACUCAUAGAUCUUUUUGUUAGAGUGAGAGAGAGAGAGAGAGAGUUGGAAAACUCUCCUUCUCCAUGCACCACUUAGGCCUUAGCCCACGCAUUCAACUUGGGGCACCCUGCUUCUAAGCUGAAGUUGCCGAAGGUUUCAUAGGCAUAAAACCAGCGGCAGUACCCAACGAGAGCAACAUCACAAACCCAAAAUUCUCACCUUCAAAAUUUUCUACCAAAUACAUAUGGCUGCAGUCAAAAUACAAUUUUGUUUCCUGUCAAAAGAAGAGCUCCUGAGAACAACCAAACUCAAUUCCUUACACAGGAUAGACUCUUGUACUGUAUUUGAUAAUAAUUCUUUCUUUUGUAAGGGCAAGCUUGGCCUUUGGUUUUAAAAUUUUGCCCUGCUGUAUCAGGCUGGGUAUCUUUCUUUAAAAUGUGCAUUGAAUUUAUUGGUUUGUAU